AUGGAAAGAAGGGAUGUUGAUGAUUUACUCAAAUCAAGGGUCCUAUAUAUAGUGGAGAAAAGGAUACAAGUGAGAAUAUUUGUGAACAGCAGCCACUCCCUAGUCCUUGAACCUAUUACCCAAAAUGAGCAGAUCCGCGAGCUCGACAUGGAGGAGCUUCAGAUCGAGGAGGUCGACGACGACUUCGACGAUUCCUCCGGCGACGACAACGUCCUCACAGCUGGAAAUGAUGGGGGUGCCGGUCCGUAUGGUGGCUUUACUUUCAAUCCAUGUCUGGCCUCCCUGCAUACAUAUCUUGGAGAGGUUGAUGAUACUCAUGGUAGAUUAUCAUUUCUGGAUGGAGGUGCAAUCUUGAACUUGCCGAUGUUUUAUCUUGAAGGAGUUGUUUUGUUCCCUGAAGCAACGCUUCCUCUAAGAGUAAUUCAACCUAGAUUCAAAGCUGCUGUGGAAAGAGCUCUGCAGCAGGUUGAGGCUUCUUGCACUAUAGGUGUGGUUCGAGUACACAGACAUCCAGAUGAUGGAAGAGUUCGCUUUGCUACUACUGGCACCACUGCAGAGAUACGGCAAUAUCGGCAGUUGGAUGAUGGCUCCUUAAAUGUGGUUGCUCGUGGUCGGCAGCGUUUUCGCGUGAGGCGUAGAUGGAUAGAUGUUGAAGGAGCGCCAUGUGCUGAAGUUCAAAUUGUUCAGGAAGAUAUUCCUUUAAAAACUCCAAAGGAUGCAUUUGGACUACUGGCUUCUGUUGGAAACUCCAGAAAAUUUAGCCUUUCUCAUGCAGUGCCUUCAGGUCUCUCUCCAAACAAGCGAUUGACAUAUGAGGAUGCUGAAAAUAGUUCAGAGUGUAUGUCCCCUGCAAGCGCAGAAAGUGACCAUUCAGACGUAUGUAUGAGAAUCUGCCCCUCUGCAAGUGAUUCCCUUAGUCUAUACGAGAGGAUCUAUGAGUCCUCUAGUAGUGAUGAGGAGUCCGUCUAUGGGCGAAGGAAGAGGCUACCGAAAUCUUUUUCAACUAGAUCAACUAGAUCAACUAGAUCAAGAGCAUCAGGGAAACAUUGUACUAAAAAGUUGAGCAAGGAUGAUAGGCUUGGUUGGGAUUCACCGGAGUCUUCAGCAGAAAAAAGAUCUAGUGAUCAUGAAAAAUGGAAAGGUGGCUGCACUGUUGAUGGUGCAAAACGUGUGUGCAGGGCUCCAAUGUCCUUCUGGCCUCAUUGGGUCUACCAAAUGUAUGACUCAUACGCACUUGCGCAGAGAGCUGCUGAUUUGUGGAGGCAGAUAAUAGGGAGUCCAAGGCUGGAUGAUUAUACAAAGAAGCCGGAUCUUUUAUCAUUUUACAUAGCCAGCAAACUUCCUGUGUCAGAAUCUGAAAGGCAGGAACUGUUAGAGAUUGAUGGAAUAUCAUACAGAUUGCAAAAGGAAAUCCAGCUCCUUAAGAGCUUUAAUCUUAUAUGCUGUAAAAACUGCCACACCUUAAUUGCAAAGAGGAGCGAUAUGGUGAUAAUGUCUAGUGAUGGACCACUGAAUGCUUAUGUCAACCCUCAUGGCUAUGUACACGAGGCCAUAACCGUUUACAACGCUACUGCACUGGCACUUUGGGGGUCUCCUUCUAAAGAGCAUAGCUGGUUUCCAGGAUACGCCUGGACCAUUGCCAACUGUGCAACUUGCGAAUCACACAUGGGUUGGCUGUUUACAGCUACAAAGAAGAACUUGUUGCCGAGAUCUUUCUGGGGGAUCCGUAGUUCUCAAGUCGCUGAUGAUACCUCAAACAUAGAAAGAGAAGGCAGGUGAAAAACAAUGCUUUUGUUUCUGUUGUGUAUUUCUGAUGCAUGUACAAGUCCUUGUAUAAUUGCCAUUUGAUUCCCAAGAGAGACCUUUACCAUCAAAUGUAAGUUGUUCAGAGGAUGAGUACCUACUAUCCAGUACCAAAUAUUUUAUAGGCAAAAAUAUCGAAGUUUGAUGAGUUUUUUGCUA